GAAGACAUGGCAUCCUCGUUUCGCACAACAGGGCGCAAGAUCGUCGCCAUCGGGCGCAACUUCGCCGACCACGCAAAGGAGCUUAACAACGCCGUGCCCACGGAGCCCUUCUUCUUCCUCAAGCCGACGAGCAGCUACAUUGGCGAUGGCGAUACCGUCGAGGUGCCCAAGGGCGUCGACUGCCACUAUGAAGUCGAGCUGGGGGUCGUCAUCGGCAAGGACGGCCGCGACAUUCGUGCGGCUGAUGCCGAAGACCACAUUGGCGGUUAUGCGCUGGCGAUUGACAUGACGGCGCGCAACAUGCAGGACAAGGCCAAGCGCAAGGGCCUGCCCUGGUCCGCCGCAAAGGGCUUCGACACCUUCAACCCCGUCAGCAGCUUCAUUGAGAAGUCCAAGGUGGCCGAUGCGCAGAACGUGCGGCUGUGGCUCAAGGUCAACGACCAGACUCGCCAGGACGGCAACACCGAGGACAUGAUCUUCCCGAUCCCCCAGCUGAUCGAGCAUGUGUCGUCGAUCAUGACGCUCCAGGCGGGCGACCUGCUCCUCACCGGCACGCCCAAGGGCGUCGGCUCCGUCCAGGCUGGCCAGACGAUGCACGCCGGUCUCGAGUCUGGCAGCAAGAUCCUCGCCGAGCUCAAGCUCAACGUCAAGGACCGCGAGGGCCUCUUUGAGUUCAACAAGUUCAAGCAGGCGUGA